AUGUCAUUUCGACAGAGGAUGGCCCGUAAAUUUGGCAAUUCGCUCGCCGCCCCCGAGAAGCCGUACCUCAGCUAUUACGAUGUUCUCCUCACAAUCGAGGAUAUCAAGGCCCUCGACAACGACUGGCUCACCGACAACAACAUUGCCUUCUGGGAAGAAUACCUAGAGCGCGAGACCCUCCCCAAGUACCCCCAGGCCCGCAUCGUCCUCCUCCGACCGAGCAUGACAUUCCUCCUCAUGAAGGAGCCCGACAUGACCCAAGUCCGCUCCGCUCUGCCCGACUUCGCCAAGGUCACUCACAUUUUCCUCCCCAUCAACGACAAUCGUAACGUGAGCGUCGCCGAGGGUGGCAGCCAUUGGUCCCUCCUCCUCGUGUCCGUUCUCGACGGUGUCGCUUUCCACUACGACUCCCUAGGCGGUUCCAACUACUCCGAGGCCAACCACGCCACUAGGAAAUUGGCCACAGUGCUACGUCGGCCUUUGCGAUUUAUCAACCUCGAGGAUAGCCCUCAGCAACACAACGGCAGUGACUGCGGCGUCUUCGUCUGCCUGCUAAUGCGACACCUGCUCGUGAAACGCCUGCUCUGCGCUAAUGCCCGGGAAAAGGUCUCCAUGAGUAUGGGAGGCAAGAUAGUCGAUAGCACCGGUGGCCGUGAUGAAAUGAUGCGCAUCAUCGAGAACCUCCGCAAGGAGGGUGAGCGUCGGCGAUCCGCCAGCCCAUUUACCCACAACAAGACGCCCCCGCGAAUCGAGUAG